UUGACUUACAUCCUCUCCUUAUCUUCACCACCGCCGUUCGAUUCUCGGCAAAACCACUCUGUGCACCAUCCGAUUCCUCUGCCUCGAUUUUGUGGGUAUCAUGCCUUAUCAGCCAGUCACGUGGCCGAAACGUCACGUCAGGCUGACGGCAGCUAGGUGCAGCAGUCUCGUUCCAUGCACCUUCAGCCGGUUCCCGCGCAAGGGGAAGGGCAUGAGAUGGGUUGGGGAACGGACGGGAACGCCUGUGGGGCAUGCUUUCGUUGGAGUGGGAGUGUAGAAGAGGAGGACUGCAGUCGCCUCGCCAGUGGAGACUCCCUUCCCUUGCGGGGGGUCCGCCGACUCCGAGCCGGAGUCGCUGUAGGUUUGCGGUGGAUGCUAGAGCCUAGAACACAGCAGCAGCAGCAGUAGCAACAGCAGCAGCAGAGGCGAUGGUGCUUGCGUGGCAAAGCAAGGUGUGGCUCCUCGGCUGUAGACCACGCGGGACCACCUGAAGCACCGAACGGGUAUAAAUACGCACGACGCAGACAGACUAGCAGUCAUCCAGCGAGCUUGUUCCUCACUCCGUUUCAGUGCUCAACUGACCCGUUAAGUCACGAGCUCGCCGAGUCAAAGGCGUCCGAGGUCACGCGAGAAAUCAGGGUAUUCCUGGAAGGCCAGUCAGCUGCCCGUUUCAGUUGUAUCUGAACCUCCCCCUCCUCGCUUCGUUAAUUCGCCUCGUUGAGGCGUCUCAAAUCGGCGCCAUGGCUCGCUCGCUUUCCGCCAUUGCCCUUGCGGCCGCUACGCUCGUCGUCCUGCUUUGCGCAACUCAGUCAGAGGCUAAGGCCAAGACGUUCACAGUGGGAGGGGGGGGGUUGAGCCCGUGGGGCUUCGGUGUGAUGACGUGGAAGCCCAGCGCGCCCAUCCACAAAGGCGACUUCCUCAAGUUCUCAUGGAAGGGCAUUCCGCAUGAUGUGUGGCUGAUGAACAAUGUGGACGCUUACAACAACUGCAACUUCUCAGCUGCAAAGAAGAAGACAGGCAUCACCAGCUUUGGGAGCUACAUGUACAAGGUGACAAGCACUGCUUCACCACUUUACUUUUCCUGCAGCGUGAUUGGUCACUGCAAGGCGGACAACAUGAAAGUGGCUAUUCCAAUCACUGCGUAAAUGCAGUUUGAGUCGACUCAGCCCAGUAGUCACACCGCGUGCCUGGUACCAUUGUCAGGUGUUCAACAUGAAAGCAGCUAUUCCAAUCUGUGCAUACUUGCUAAUGCUGACGGCACCAUUUAGGUUAUCAUACUUCUGUGGGUACUUGUCCGUGUUAGAGUAGCGGGAAAAGUUGUGACUAAGAGAAAAUGUGGAGGGAUACAAAACUAGGGCUGUAUCACUAAGAUCUAAACUAGCUAGGCUAUAAGCAA